AUGGCGGAUGUACCGCGGCUCUUCCAAUUGAGCGGAACAUGCAACAACUAUCCAUGGGGGAAAAAGGGACACGAAUCUCUCGCUGCCAAGCUCUGCGAAAAGACGCCGGGAACUGAUUUCACCAUCAAAGACGAUGAACCUUACUCAGAAAUGUGGUUUGGUGACUAUCCAGACUUUCCGGCGAGGGUUUUAGAAACCGGCCAGCCACUCGCCGAGCUGUUGCAGAGUCACAAAGAGAAGCUGCUUGGCUCAUAUUCCGUUGAGACAUUCGGAAACAACCUCCCAUUUCUACCCAAGAUCCUUUCGAUAGCCAAAGCCUUGCCACUGCAAAUUCACCCAAACAAAUCCCUCGCAGCCACGCUUCACGAGAAGGAUCCGGAAAAGUUCACAGACUCCAACCACAAGCCAGAAAUCGCAGUGGCGCUGUCAAAGUUUGAGCUCUUUGCCGGCUGGAGAGACAUCAACCAGAUUUCCGCCAUUUUCAACAUCCCCAGUCUACGGCGCUUCGUACCCGACGGAACCAAGUCUUGGACCGAUGAGACCCUCAGAAGCGUCAUCCGCGGAAUACUGAAGGCAGAUGAACAGACCAUCCAAAACAUUGAAGAAGACCUGAAGCGACAGUCGCAAGAGGACAUCGAGAGUCUCGGCUACCCAAGUGACAUGUUUGAGCUUAUUCGGCGCAUGCAAUCGCAAUACUCCGCGACGGAUCCAGGUCUGUUGGUGGCCGUGUUGUGUAUGAACUUCCUUGUCCUGGAACCCGGUGAAGCAAUCUUCAUCCCGGCUGACGGCAUCCACUGUUACUUGUCCGGGGACAUCGUGGAGUGCAUGGCCCGUUCCAACAAUAUGCUCAGUGGAGGACUUUGCCCCGUUGCAGACCGCGACAGCAUCGAUCUCUUCGCCGAGACGCUCAAGAUCGAUUCAAGCACAAAAGGGGAGAAUCUCAUUUUGCCGGCAAAGCAAAGCAAAGAUGGAGCCAAUGGGCAUACUCUGGUAUAUCAGCCGCCCAUUGGAGAAUUCGACCUGGUUCGAAUCGACUUGACGGCUGGGUCGGAGGAACAGAUUCAGAGCCACAAAGGCCCGGCGGUCGCGAUUGCGAUUUCUGGAGAGGGCGCCAUUGAAGGUGAUGGUAAAAAGCUUGCCGUCAAGAGCGGGUUCAUCUUCUUCAUUGCAGCCGAAACGGCUGUGACUGUCAAGGCUGAUACGGGCUUGCGGUUGUACGCCGCUGUCAUACGGUAA